UUUACCAUUAAUUUCUUAGUAAUGGAAGAUAACGAUUCCCAAACCUGUUUGGUCUCAUCUGAUUGGGGUUAUCUGGGUUCAGACUUAACAGGGUUGAUCCUCUCCUACCUUCCCAUUCGAUCCAUAGUGAGAGCCAGUGCAGUCUGCAAGUUCUGGCGCUCCGUUGUCACCAACCCUUCAUUCUCGUCUCGUGUCUCUGCAAUCAAGAAGCCCUGGUUCUUCCUUUUUGGCCAGAACAACAUCUUCAUCAAGAACAACCAGGCUUUCGCCUUCGACCCGGAAGCCGACGAGUGGAUCCGCCUCCCUUCCAACCUCUGCCCCUCUCCUUGCCAAGAGGAAUCAUUCCUCGGUUCCGGUGGUUUCUUCUUCACCACCACCUCCUCCACCACUUCUCGCUUCAGCUACUCUCCCAUCCUCUGCGGUUCAUGGCGCGAAACCUCACCGCUUAGUUUCUCUCGCUGUAAUCCCCAUGUAGGCGUCUUUGAUGACGACUCGGGUUUCUCUCGAUUCAUCGUUGUCGGCGGAGUCAGAUUCAUCGGUGGCCUAUUAGACAUCGAGGACCGCUUAGCCGUCGAGAUCUACGACCCGAAGAAUGAUACUUGGGAGCUCUGCCCUCCCUUACCGGCCGAGUUCAGAUCCGGCAACUCGUCUCAGUGGCUCACAUCCGCUUUGUUCAAAGGAAAAGUAUUCGUCUUUGGCAUCUACUCCUGCUUCGUAUCCUCCUUCGAUCUAAAGCUUCACUUGUGGAGCGAAGUGCAGACGCUGAGGCCACCUGGGUUAAUGUUCUCGUUCUUGCUGGCCUGUAAAGACCAGCUUGUCUUGGCGGGUCUCUGCAACACCCCAAGAGGUCCCUCGUUUAACCUCUAUAGAGUCGAUGAGAAGACGAUAGAGUUCAGUGAGAUUGCGAUCAUGCCUCAAGACUUGCUGAAUUGCUUGUUUGACAGUGAUGAAGACGAGAAAUUUGCGAGCUUGAAGUGUGUGGGAUUGGGGAAUCUGAUCUAUGUGUUCAAUGAAGAACAUCACAAGAUAUACCCGGCUUGUGUUUGCGAAAUUAGCAGCGAUUCGAGCAAAUGUAAUUGGAAAAGGAUACCCGAUUUGCCGGCACCGGUGAAUCGGUUUCACAAGGUCAUCAGCUUCUGUUCUCAGAUUCCACUCCAUUAUGUUCUCAGGUAUGAAGAGGACGGAGAGGAGAUGAGUGACUGAAACGCAUUCAGUGAAGA